AUGAUUGAAAUUCCAGAUUUGGACGACCUAAAUACUCAAUCUGAGGAGCCUCGCGUGGGAGCAAGACCCCACGGCAAAGAGAUCUCUAUCCCCAACCUCGACGACUACUACGACGAGAGCCGAGACCCAGACCACUGGUACUACCAGCAGCAGCGGAUUGACUCGCGCAGCUCCAAAAAAAAUGCCGACGAGCAGCAGCAGCAGCUGCUGCUGCUACAUAAUCCGUCAUUCACCCCCGACACCUCCUUGGAUAGAGAACCACACAUGCAAGAAGUGAGCCUCGAGCAAAUCGAAACGGGCGGCAACCUCAGUCUCAGCAACAACCACUCGGGGCUAUCUUUUGAGACCAGCGACUCAAUUGCAAUCAGUGCCCAGCAGCUCGACUAUCACGCCCAAGCUUAUCCCCAAGAUGAUGCUCAGGCUCACGAUCCAGAAGAAACUCCAACAAUGGCAACCGGGCUCACUUUUCUACCAAACGAUUUGCACGAACACAACACCUCAUUCAAGCUUCAGCAACCGCCUCCUCUCGCGAACCCCCGCAAAAUCUUUGCCAAAAAAAUGCAGGCCAACUUUGACACCCUCCCCGACAACAACACCCCGAGUCCGCGCGACGGCAGGUUCCUACUACUACAUGCCAAUCUGCUGGCAUCGCCGUUAUCCGCAUUCCACCACUUGCACAACCCCACAGAACCUUCUCCGCAGCUCCCGCCGCCAUUGUCAUCAAACUCGUUGCAGAAAGUCACCAGCAUAAACCCAGAAGACCACCAGGGCCUGGGCCUAUCAAGAAGAAAUCUCGCAACCUCCUUCAAAACCCCCGCGGAAUAUUCACUAAACAUCAUAUUCACCCAGUUUGUCAGACACGCAGAACGCAAAUUAAACGUUUUCCUCGAGCACUCGGUCAACGAGGAAUCGUGCUUGUUCAAAAUCUUUGCCGAGGGUGCCGACCCUCAAUUCGACCGCAUCGUAUCCUCAUUGGGCUACAUUGCCCGCCGAAAACCAAAACCCGUUAUCGACAGUGUCUUUACCUGGCGAAAAUCAAAGAGCGAAGUAGCUGCUAUGGCAGCUAUCGAGCUUGAAAAAGCAGUUAUCCUAGGCAAAACUAGCUCUGCAGCUGAAUACCGUCCCGACCUGGCUCGCAUGGCCACUACAGCAGCAAUAGGAGCAACAGCAACAGCAACAGCAACAGCAACAGCAGCAACGUCACCUCCGGCAAAAGUGAAGCGCAGUUUGAGUUUGAUGCGGAGUAAAAGCUUGUCCAAAAUCGCCCAUAAACGAAAUCAGUCUUCUGCAGCAGCAGCCGCGGGAGCAGCUGGGGGCACAGGUUUGGCUCCAUCACAAUUUCAAGAAGCAAACAACAAUAGCGAAUACUUGAAAAAGAAGCAAUUGCUAGAAGAGCAAAUCGUAAAUGCCCACCUCACCGCCAUCAAUGCCGAAAAAAAAUCCCUCGUCUCGGUUUACAUCUUGUGCCGCGUGUUGAUCGAGGUGGUCAAACAAACACCCACCACCGUCAUGGGCGAAGACUUGGGGGACAAGUUGGAGCAGAUUGUAUACACGCAACUCAAGACCACCGACCCGGCAACCACUAGCCAAUCCAUCAUCCGAGCUGCCAAUUGGACCUUGUUUGCCCAGCUACUAGGCAUCAUGUCGGAAAAGAGAUUCUUGAGCGUGAGCGACCGCUUUGUCUUUGAUCUUGAAAAACUCCCCGAGCGCAUCAAGCAAGAAGACGAGCCGGGAAUAUACUUGCUCAUCACGGGCAUGAAAUAUCUCAAGUUGAACCACUAUCCGCCGGAGCUAUUUGAAGAAAGCAAGGAGUUUAUCCAGAUCCUUGCCAAGUUUUUUAGUCGAGCCUCCAACGAGGCCACCACCUACGCCUACUGCGACUGCAUCUCGAGCUUGGUUCUCCCGUUGGCAAACGACUUGACGGCAGAGGCAAACGACCCCGGUUGGAACCAGGGAAUUCAGAGUAUAUUCCAAAGAGCCAUCCAGAUGUGGGGCAUGUUGGUUGGCUCCUCCGGCGGUGGCCCUGCUACUACUACUACUACUACUACCACUACCACUACUACCACUUUUGCUUCUGCUUCAUCGUCAUCACUUUUCAAUUUGGGCAAUCGGCUGUCAUCGAUGAGCAGUGGCUGGGCACAUCUACUAAACCUCAUCACGGCAAUCUUGUCGGUAUCGAGCAAAGAAGUAUUCACUACGGCUUGGUACUCGGUGAUUGAAGAAAACUCAUUCAAACUAAAGCCCAAAAUCGCCUUGGAGGACAAGAGGGCCUUCAUCAUAUGCGUCAACCGAUUGCUAUGGGUUUACUUGUACAGGGCUCCCGAGUCUUUAAACUCGACAAUCAAAAGACUAGACGAGUUUUUCAAUCUCAUCUUUUUCAACACUUUGUCUGCCGGUGGCGGAAACAAGAAAAACCACUGGCUAGUAAACGAUGUCCACUUGUUGAGCUCCCUUGUGAGCUUGAUACAAAUUGUCGGGUAUAGUCAUCUCAACUAUGUACUUGAGCAGGUUCUCGGUGCACUUCUCAAAAAGAGCUUCAACGGGUCUUCGUUGGAAUCGUUGGAGACAACCACGGUGAUUUUGGUGGUGCGGGCAUACGUCGGGUUGAUACUGGAACUCGAGAGCGACAACAAACCAGCUUUCCCUACCGUGGAUAUCUUUGAUAACGAUGCGGGCCAGGACUGCCAUGGAGACUCGUUGGUCAUUGACCACAAGUACAAAGCCAAGAACAAGACCAACAUCAUGUUGCACGAAGAAUUGUGCCACAAAUUCGCCGUCCUCUUGCGGUUACUCGAUGCACAACACGGGUGUUCCCUCACUGGCGUCUUGAACUCAGCCGAGGCGUCUGCCAAGUCUCAAUCCUCGUUUUCGUUCCACUUUAACCAUGACUCAAACUCGAGAACUUCAAAAGAGCUUGAAGUGGAGCUCCUUGCGGCAUUGAUCAAAUCGAUACCGUACACGAUGGUGCCUCCCACGGGCGAGAUGCAAACUGCUAGCGUCUCGUUCAAGCAAAUUGUCGAGUUGUUGACGAGAAACGCUGUGCACAGCGAUAUCAAAAUUAGAACCGCGGCCAUGCAAAGCUUGAGAACCUUGUGCAAACGGAAAAACCCCACCACUUUGCUCAACAUCUAUGCAAAGUACGCUUUCCAGUUGUCAGAAAAGACCGGCGCCACUUACAACUCCGUUUACCUAAACUCGCAAAACUUUAUGAGUUUGUUGAAAUUGUACACCCAGUUGCUUCAGACUUGGUACGACAUGUUUGAAGAGUUUGAAAAGAGAAAAUCUUCAAAAGCUGGCAACCCUUUGGCCCAAGAGGACGAGUUGAUGAAUCAGGAUGUGCUAAAUGACUUGUACCAGAUCAAUCACAAGAACCAGGAUUUGUCAAACUUGCCAAACGUAAAGACAAACCCGGGUGACGAGCUAGAGUGGAAGACGAUUGUUAACCUGGUUGAAGAAAUCGAAGGUAAUGGGCUUUUUUUUCUUUGCUCGCAGGACUCCCAAGUGAGGUCCUAUGGCUUGUUUGUUCUCAACAUUGUCGAUAAAUUCGAUCAAGCAAUCUACAACUUGACGGACCAAGAGGAGAAACCACCUCAGAACCACAAGAUCCACUCGAGAAGCUCAUCCAAGUUUGCUGCUGAUGUAGGAACAAGAAUAAUCCAUUUCUUGGAAAGCAUCGACGUCAACGAAAUCAUCCGCCCAUUCAAAAAGGAGUUGAGUGUACCUGAACGCAACAGGUUAUCGAGACGCAAAACGGAACCCAGCUUGCUAACUAAGCUCGCGGGGUCGGAUAACGGUAUCGACGCGACAAUUUGGUUGCGGAUCUACCCUGCCGUUUUGCAGAUGCUCUUUGAAAAAUGCCCGAUGCCCGUAGCCAUGUGCCGCAGCAUUGUAUGCGUGUGUCUAGUGCAGAUGCACGAGCUCAUUGUUGAGUAUUCCAACAGCUAUAAAUCCAUCACGGGCUCGCUAUUUUCAUCCAAAUCCACUCCCUUGGUGCCGCCCGAGAUUCUCGUGAACCAGUGGCGGCUCUAUUUGGUGUUUGCAUGCACCUCGUUAACCACCACAAACGAGCAAAAGAUUUCGUUCCCCAAGCAACCAACGCACGGGCGCAAGAAAUCCUUGCAGAUCUACAUCCAGCAUCAAAAAAUCACCAGCGCCAAGUCCGUGUUUAGAAUGGUGUUGCCCUUGUUGAAGUCGCAGCAGAUGAUGAUCAGAGAAGCGGUGAUUGUCGGCUUGACCCACAUGAACAUCAACAUAUUCAAGACUUUUUUGGAAAAUAUCCCCGAAGUGGUCAAUGAGUGGAAUCAAGACGUGCAGCAGCAAAAGAGAUCCGAUUUUGCUACUGCUGCUGCUACCGCUGACGACAGAUUCCGCAUCGAAGUGGUGCACAUCUUGAUGAACGCCACCGAGCAUUUUGGACCCAACGAUAUCAUAUACGGCGACGACGAAGUGUUGAAUGUCUUGGUCUCGAUUGUAAAAAAUGUGAAAAAUUUCUUGACCUUAGAUGACGUGCAAACCAACAUCGACUACCAGGCCUUGCGCCGUUAUUUCUGCGAGUUUUUGAUCAAUAUGUUUUUAGGGCUCCAAAGCUCGUUAAAGCUAACAUCGUGGUUCCCCUUUGAAGCGCGCAUCUCGUGCUUCAACUUCUUGACGGAGUGGUGCGGGUACGGAAACGCCAGCCACAUCACCGAUGAACGGUACGCCGCGAUUACAAACCGCAUCAGCCGCGGCAAGGACAACACCUCGGCCAUUGCCAUCUUGGAGCUCGAGAGGAAAAAAUUGCAAUUGGCGGCGUUGAGGUGCAUGGCCGUGUUGUGCUCGGGGAAAAUCACGCUCACGAUACCGGGGAACUUGGCAGUUGUCUCCUUUGAUGUGCCGGUUUUGCUAGAUUGGAUCCAUUCUUUGCUCGAGUCGGACCUUGAGAAAAUGCAAGAAAUUGGACUCUCUGCAUUGCGAAACUUGCUCGAGAACAAUUUUGAAAACGAAGAGAUUCGAGCCGCGGUGAUUAAAGAGAGCUAUACUUAUCAAAAAUCGAUGCCGACUUAUUUCUGCACCUUUGUCGAAGUUUUCGUGGAAAAGGACCAUCUGGAUCAGGAUUCCGUCCCUGAUUAUUUGGUGUUGUUGGCAUGCGUUCUUUGCGCAAACGAAGUAGCGAGGGUCAGGCUGUCGGCAGUCAAGCUUUUGGAAGCACUUCGGAUACGAUUUGGAGGCGGCGCCAAUUUGGCUGAUUUCACCGAGACCAUCAGUAGCGAAAGCUUGGUGAUUAGAAGGAAAGCAUUGGCAGACAUUGCCAAGUCCAUCGCCACGGGAGACCCCGGAAGGAUAUUCCAGAGAUUGUCCCACUUGAUGAGUUUCCAUGGCGUCAUUUCCGAAUGCGAUAGAAGGUUGCUAUUUUUGAUCUUGGAAAUGUUUUUGCAAAACGUCACUUUGAAAGAAAGCAAAAAUGAAAAUGGUGGUGGUGGUGGUGGUUGUGGCGUGUCAAAGUUGAACUUGGACUCGGAAAUGAUCUUGAACAACUUGUACGAGUUCUCCAUCCUUUAUGAAACCACCAACUCGCACGACUUGGAAAAAGCUUGGACCACCAUCGCCAACCGCAACGACAAUUUCGACAAGAUCCUCAAUUACAUAACAGAGACUUGUUUAGAGAAACGCAGCGCCUUCUUUGUCCAGAAAUCGCGCCUGAUCAUCGAUUACUUGGCCUUUUCGCAUCCUCAGCCAGAUUACGUAUUGAACAAGCUUAUGCAGAACCUUCAACCGAAGCUGAUGAUUCCGCCGCGUCCUUCGGGAAUGAGUGCAAUCGAAGUGACAGACAUUUUCCCCUAUGUUGCCAACUUGAGAUCCCAUUUCGACCGCGACGAAAAAUCAACGGCGUUCUCGUUGGGCCAGAUUUCCGUGGUGUUUCUAGUUGAUUUGCUCACGGUGAAGGACUGCAUCGACCAAGAAAAGCUUCCGAGAUUGCUACAUGUCUCGCUCACAUUGUUGGACCACUACUUACCCAUCAUCAGAGAACUGGCGAGCAAACUUUUGGUCAAUUUGAUCCAUUUCUUGGCAAAUGGCAAACCAAAGCUGAAGGAAACUAUCGCGUUGAUCAAGAAUAAGGAUCGAACAAAGCAGUUGUGGGUAUACGACGACUUGAACAAUGAUAAAAAGGGUGCCCAGACACCGCAGAACAUGGUCACGUUGGUUAGAAGCUUGCUCCAAGUUUUUGCUCCUUCCAAUCCCAAUUUCCAAGACACGUGGAGUAGAAUCGCGUUGACGUGGGGGACGACGUGCGCCGUGAGGCACAGCGCAUGCAGAUCUUUCCAGAUCUUCAGGGUCCUCAUUUCGUUCUUGGACAUUGAUGUGUUGAAAGCAAUGUUUCACCGGUUGUCCAACACCAUCUCGGACGAAUCGGCCGACAUCCAGGGCUUUGCAAUGCAGAUAUUGAUGACCUUGAACGCGAUUGCAGCAGAAGUGGACUCGCAGAAAUUGAUUGAUUUCCCUCAGAUAUUCUGGUCGAGUGUCGCGUGCUGGAGCACCAUCCACGAGCAGGAGUUUCUUGAAGUCUUGUCCACGAUGAACAAGUUUAUCUCCAAGAUUGAUUUGAACGCCGAGGACACCAUCGCGUGUCUCAUAUCCACCUUCCCGCCGAAAUGGGAGGGCAAGUUUGAAGGGUUGCAGCAGAUCGUUACGGCUGGUUUGAGGUCGUCGGCAUCGUGGGAGCCAACGCUAAACUUCAUGGACAAGUUGUUAAAACUCAAGGACUCGCAAAUUGUCGGGAUGGGAGACGCGAGAAUCGUAUCUGCGUUGGUGGCCAACUUACCGAGAUUCUUGGACGCAUUGGAGAAGAAAACUGUUGGGUCCGAAGUUGCCAGUGCCGCUGAAAGCAUUAGUGUUCUUGCUGAAAAUGGCAAUAAACCGGCAAUUGCCAAGAUUCUUGUUUCAUUUUCAAGGAACAAAUUUAGAUCCAAAAAAGAUUUCCUAGUGCAGACGGUAGCCACGAUGCGCAGCUCGUUUUUCCCAGAACAUGAAGUGACCAUACUCGUUUCGCUUUUGCAGAUGCUUUCCAACACCACGCGUUCCUUCCGCAAACAAAACUUGAUUCUUUUGAAAGCCAUCAUCCCUUUUAUAAAUUUCCGCAAGGAAGAAUUUAUCGGCGUGAGCGCCGAUCUCAUAUCUCCGUUGUUGAGGUUGUUGACCACCGAUGUUGCCGACCAGGCGUUGGAGGUCUUGGACGACGCCGAGAUGAUCUCAGGCUCGCAAUUGGAUGAAGACAUUUUGCGAAUGAGCUUGGGCAACACUUCCGUGCACAAAGAGUACGAAAACACGUCGACGUUGUUUGGCGUGCCUCUGGAAAGCGGAUGGUCGGUGCCUGCGCCCACAGUCACGGCCACGAGGACCAGAAACAAUGUGCACGCGGUGUUUUCCACUUGCGCCGCGGCCACUGAGCCCGAGCCCCAGAAUGAAGAGAUCCAUUUCCACCUGGAAGACUACUAUGGUCCCAAUGGCGGCCUAACCGACGCUACAGAGUCGGUUUCAAUGAGUGUUGAGGAGCCCGAGGUCUCGUUGAGCAAUAUGUGGGCUGCCCUUGACGACUUUGAUAGUUUCUUCAACACGGAGAAACUCGCCAAGGCGGCAAAGCAACGGAACAAACUAUCACAACCGCUGGUGCGCUCCGACGCAGACCAGUUGGCGCCUCAGCUGGUCACCGUUGAAGGUCUCCCCAGCGCGUAUGACGGGAAAGUCUCGGCUAUAUUGAACAAGAACAUGAACUCGAACCUGGUGUUUAGGAAUAGUUAUUUGGACUACUACAUGGGAGCAGACAAGGAACAUGCUACACCGGCGCCAAUCAUAAAGAGGUCAUAUAUCCCAUUUAGGAGCAAAAGUGUUGUGAAAAAUAGGGAGAAUGGCGCUACCCCUGGCCUGGCGUUCUCUCCCGCGCUUGAAUCGCACCGGACGCCGCAAUUGACCCCCACGUCGAACUUUUCGUUCAUGACGCCCGUGGUGGGCACCAGGGCCACCUUUAGCAACGGACAAAGCAACGGCGUUGGGGUUGCCGAACCAAUCUUGGAAAACAGCUCAAAGUUGGAAGGGAUGCUUGGGACCAAGAAAAAGUCCAAGAAACCAGCCACCACCACCACCAACAACAACAACAACAACAACAACAAGGAUUCUCCAAAUUCUUCAAACACCAACGUGAGACCCGAGCUGGAGCUUUUGGAAACGCCCGUGAGUUUCAUGGCUCUGUCGACUCCCGGUGAGCUCUUCCUGCCUACGCGACAGACACCCACACUUAACCCACCCAAGAGAAAGAAAAACACCAGACAGUGA